AUGCCGAAACCGAAAUCCCUUUUGAAGGAGUUAAACGUCAAGAAGAAGACGGGGGCACGGCAGGCUCCAGUAACAGCAGAUGAGUUCUUAGCUGUCGGGGUUGAGCAAGAAGAGGCUGGGGAGAAAUGGCGCGCGGGAGAUGCAGCCAAAUCCAUGCGCUUUUUCAUGCGUGCCAUUGCAACGUAUGAUGAAGGCCUGAAAAAGCAUCCCCAUGCUUUCGAUCUCGCUUACAACAAAGCAAGAGUCCAAUAUGAAAUCACUCAGCACCCUAAAUUGGCUUCUCAGUUAACCGCUCCACUGGCAGACGUCUUGCAAACAACCCUGCAGUCCCACAGAGAGGCUCUUACUCUGGACCAGGACAAUGCGGACAUCCUGUUCAACACGGCCCAGGUACUUACGAGCCUUGCGGAGGCAAUCACCGACAUCAAGCGUCCCGCGGAUGAACAACUGAACCAAGCUGUGAAAUUCCUCCAAGAGGCCCUUGAACUCUUCCAGCGCUGCCUUCUCCUCCAAGAAAUGAGGUACACCGAAAUGCAGGAGCAGAUAAGACGAAUUGAAGCUGGCGAGAUGGAUACACAGGAAUUUCAAAGCACGCAAGAGCAGACGGAUGAGGCAGUCGACUCAAAGGAUCCGGAACAGCUAGAGCAAUGGGCUGCCGUCGUUGAGCCCGUGACAAAGAAUACACUCGUCGACACAGCCGUGGCACAGUUGGAAGCGCUCACUACCCUUUGCAAUCUGCUCACAUUCGAUCCUGGAGUUGGACUUGCUUGGGUCGAGGAAUAUUCUUCCGAUCUACUCCAGGAAAAGAUCACCUUAUAUGUCGAUGGUUCAGAUAGAUGCUACGAUGCAUCGUUGGCCCGUGCAAAAUUUGUCUGUGCUCUGAGUGAGGUGCUGUACCGAGGCGGACGCAUAGAUAUUGAAACAUAUCACGGAGAGAUUGCACGUGCAUUCGGGCCCGAUUUAGACAUCUCCGCAGAUCCUGACGGCCUCUGCAGCAAAGCAGACGCUUUGAUGUCGUUCAACACAGCAGUCACGGAUCUACCUCCUUCUCACGACCCCGAAAUGCUUGCGAAAUCGUUGACACUGCGAUGGCAAUUACUGUCCGCUGCUUUAGAUGCCCUUACCCAGGCUUCCAAACUCCCAGAGCCGCAAAACCAGCCCAAGAUCCACCUGGCAAGGGGUGAUGUAGAGAUGAACAGAUGGAGACUUGGUAUGCCUCCCUGGGAGUUUACCGUGGCCCAGCAGAAUGCCGCCAUGCUGCUUCGAAAUGCUCAAACAUACUAUCGGGGCGCGGCGGCUUUGGCAAGAAGGGAUGGGGGCGUGGAAGAAGAACGAGAUGGAACUUGUAAAGAGGCUCUGACGGCUGCCCUGGAAGGCCAAAAAGAGAAGCUGGAGCAACUGAAACACAGCGCCCCCAAAGAGUUGAUGGCAGUCGCUGAAGAUAUGGUGGAGGGCGGCUGGGUGAGUGCGGCGGAUAUGGAAACUUUACUAUCGUAG